GCCGUCUUGUAUUCCACUCACAGUAAUCGCAACGAAUCUCUUUGGUGUCUUGUCAAAAGAAUAAAAGCUAUGAUCGUACCAUUUGCGCGCCUUUGAUAAUCAACGAAAACAUUUUUGGUCAGCGCAGCUCUCACCAGUCACGGACAACUCGAUUCUGACCUUAACAGAUUCUCUUCUCUUUGUUUAUCACUCUGUUCUCACCCCUUUGUGUUAAUAUCUACGACAGCGACAUGGCGAGCGCUGAGCAAGAGGCUCUGUCACCAUCUGUUAUGGCAGCGCAGUCUCCUCAGUCUGGAAUCAAUGGUGCGGCAACUGCGGCUGCGACAGAAAAUUCAGUUGCGCCUAAUACCACAGAACCAAGUCCUGUCGAUAAUCUUCGUGAUACAAUAUUAUCUCCGACUCAGUCUUCUCUUCAUCCUCUUCCUUCGAAACCUGUCAGUCAACUUUCCUCGCAAGCCGCAACACCAAACAUGACACAAUCUUCCACGCCAAUCCCUCCACAAUCACAAACCAAGCCCCGGAUAGUGGGUGGCUUUGAAGUGGAUGAUGACGAAGAAGAAGAGGUGGCGCAGGACGAUAGAGAUGAGGCAGAUGUCUAUGAUCCAUCCGUUGGCUUGGACUUCGAUGCCCCAACACCUGCUGCCCCUUCGAAUCCCCUUGAUAGAACUUCCCAGUCACCAGAACAAGAAAAUGGAAUCACUCCUGCUCCUGUCCAGGCCACUGGUAGUCUCACUGACAUUUCUUCUUCCACUCUUCCCACUGGUGGUGAUGCGCCUUAUGCUGCACCUGCUCCUGCCACUCCAGCUCCACCACAACAUUCUCCGCCCCGUUCUCAUGUGAAUGGUACUGUCAGUGCAGGCUUACCCAAAUCACGACUAGCUCAUGAUGUGAUUGGCAUCCUGGAGGACCGCAUCAAAGACGAUCCGCGUGGCGACACAGCUGCUUAUCUCGAGUUGAUUGAUGAGCUGAAGAGCCGAAACAAACAAGAUGAUAUCCGACGGAUAUACGAGCAGUAUCUAUCAGUGUUCCCUCUAGCUGCUGAACAAUGGUGCGCUUACGUGAAGUGGGAGGAAGAACACGACCGGCUACGUGCAAUGGAAACGCUCUUCAAUCGCUCUCUUCUUGAGGUGCUUGAUGUGCAGCUAUGGACCUUGUACAUCAAUUACAUCCGUCGACGCAACAGCAUGCAAUCAGGGGACACUGCGAGAGCAUAUAACAUCAUCAACGAAUCAUUCAGUUUUGCUCUCAAGACGAUUGGCAUGGACAAGGAUUCCGGCCCUCUAUGGCAGGAAUACGUCACCUUUUUGAAGAGCGGGCCUGGAACGGUCGGUGGCACAGGCUGGCAAGACGCAGCGAAGGUCGAUACUCUGCGGGAGGCCUAUCAGAAAGCAAUUGCAGUUCCUACCGCGGCGACAACAGUUCUCUGGAAGGAGUACGACUCAUUUGAGACUGGUCUGAGCAAGAUCAACGGUCGGAAAUACCUGCAAGAAAAAUCCCCCGUGUAUAUGACAGCACGAACUGCAUACACUCAACUGCAGAAUUUGACCAGAGAUCUACGCCGGACCUCGAAACCACGAUUGCCGCCUGCAGCUGGUUACGAGGGCUAUGAGGAAUAUAUGCGCCAGGUGCAUCUGUGGAAGCAGUGGAUCGAGUGGGAGAAAGAAGACAAUCUCGUUCUCAAAGACGAGGACCUGGCGCUGUACAGAGGCCGAAUUUUGUUUACUUACAAACAAUCACUCAUGGCCCUGCAAUUCUGGCCAGAGAUGUGGUACGACGCUGUGGAAUUCUGCUUCGCCAAUGGCCUCGAAAAUGACGGUGUCAAAUUGCUGAAUCAGGGCAUCGCGGCCAAUCCCGAGUCACCACUUCUUGCAUUCAAGCUUGCGGAUCGAAUCGAGUCAUCAACACAGAAUGAUGAAGGAGCCGAUCCAGGAGCCAAGGAGAGAAUGAAAAAGAUCCGCGAGCCCUACGAUAGGGUGCUGGAUGCACUCUACGAAUUGAUCAAGAAAGUGUCCACACGCGAGUCACUGGAAAUUCAGAAGGCGGAAGUAGCGGCAGCCACGAACGGUGAGGCGGAUGGCUCGGGAGAAGACGAGAUCAACGCCGCAAACGUCACGGCCAGGAAAGCCAUCCUCGAUGGUCAGAUCGAGGUCAUUCGCAAGAGCUCUCAAGCGCAGACAGAUAUGCUAAGUCGGACAAUUUCACAUGUCUGGAUUGCUCUGAUGCGUGCAACUCGGCGAGUCCAAGGGAAGGGCUUGCCAGGGGAGAAAGGACCGAGUGGCUUCCGAACCAUUUUUGGAGAGGCACGAAAGCGAGGCAAGCUCACCAGCGAAUUCUAUGUUGAGUCGGCCCGCAUUGAAUGGCAAUGCUAUCGGGAUCCUGCUGGCACCAAGAUUCUUGACCGCGGCAUGAAGCUCUUCCCAGAGGAUGAUUAUCUGCCAUUGCAAUACAUCAAGCAUCUGUUUGAGAUCAACGACGUGACAAACGCAAGAGCGGUAUUUGAGACAACGGUCAAGCGACUUCUGGCCCAUGACGAUGUCGAAUACACGGCAAAGGCGAAACCAUUGUUUGCUUACAUGCACGAUCACGAAUCGAAAUAUGGCGAACUGGCGCAGGUCCAGUCUCUUGAAGAAAGAAUGAGGAAACACUUCCCUGAGGAUGAAGACUUGAAGCUCUUCUCCAGCCGAUACAACACACCGACAUUCAACACCAUCAGCGUGCAUCCUGUUAUAUCUCCGACACAGAUCCAAGCUCCCCAAGGUUCUGUGCUGCCUUCUGUCGAGAUGCCAGACGCGGUGAAUUCUCCAAUCCAGAAGGUGAUUGACUCCAUUGCCACCCAUUCUCCCAAGCGGCCUUUCCCCGAUGACUUUGAGGAUGUUGGUCCACGCAAGGUUGCUCGCGGCGAAUCACCCUUGAAGGGUGCAGCUGGUCGCCGGAUGAACCAACAACAGCAACAGCGCCAGAUCAACCCUCCUGCCGGCAUGCCAGCAUUUCCUGUUCCACCUCCGCUACCUUCUCAAAUCACAUAUUUGCUCAGCAUACUUCCCAGAGCCUCGACAUACGUUGAUGCCCGACUUGACGCGACAAAGAUGGUGGAGUUGAUUCGAGACAUACAUCUGCCACCUCCAUCAGCAGUAGCUGGUCAGCACCCGCCGCCUACACCGGUUCCUGGAUCUGGCUGGCCACCUUAUCCGCAACACCCACCAGCGCAAAUGCCGCCGCAAGGCUUCAUACCGCCACCUGGGGCUGCACAAGCGCCAUAUGGAGGCACGCCAUUCCGUUACGCAUGAGAACCUUAGGUAUCUGGGUCCUGGUUGCUGUUGCAGAAAUACCUUCUUGCUGGGCAGGGCUCCGCCAGAGCGGAUGGGUCAGGGAUUAGCGAGCACGCAGUGCAAGGCUGCGAGAGUCAGCACUUUGUAUAUAAGGCAUGGACCUAGAGGCUCUAGUGGGUUCCUGGAACAUGAUAUUUCCUCUCAGGACGCGCCUUGAGCCAGGCGGCUUGAGUCGGACGAAGGUAGCAAACGUGAAUUCAAACAGGUGC